UCAGCCCCUCCCCUCCACUCUUUCCGUCGUCUGUAUCUCCCUUCUUUCUCUCUCUGGAACACAUGAGAUUCUCCUCCCGAAACCUGAACCGCAGCAGCAGAGGCAUCGACCCCCCUCCCCAUACGCACACACAACAUGGCUACAAUCGUAACCUCGACCAGGUUUACGGACGAGUAUCAGCUUUACGAAGAGCUGGGAAAGGGUGCCUUCUCCGUGGUGCGGAGAUGUGUGAAAAAAUCCACUGGCCAGGAAUAUGCUGCUAAAAUAAUUAACACAAAGAAACUGUCAGCAAGAGAUCAUCAGAAACUGGAGCGUGAGGCCCGAAUCUGUCGUCUACUCAAACACCCCAAUAUUGUUCGGCUCCACGAAAGUAUUUCAGAAGAAGGCUUCCAUUACCUGGUCUUUGACCUUGUGACUGGGGGGGAGUUGUUUGAGGACAUCGUCGCCAGAGAGUAUUACAGUGAAGCUGACGCAAGCCAGUGCAUCAAUCAGAUCCUGGAGAGUGUCAAUCAUAUUCACCAGCAUGACAUCGUGCACAGAGACCUUAAGCCCGAGAACUUGCUGUUGGCCAGUAAGAUGAAAGGAGCGGCAGUGAAACUGGCAGAUUUUGGGCUGGCCAUUGAGGUGCAGGGAGAUCAGCAGGCCUGGUUUGGUUUUGCUGGCACACCUGGCUACCUGUCUCCAGAGGUGUUGAGGAAGGAUCCCUACGGCAAACCUGUGGACAUCUGGGCCUGUGGUGUAAUCUUGUACAUUCUACUAGUGGGCUACCCUCCAUUUUGGGAUGAAGAUCAACACAAGUUAUACCAGCAGAUCAAGGCUGGAGCUUAUGAUUUUCCUUCUCCGGAGUGGGACACGGUCACCCCCGAGGCCAAGAACCUCAUCAACCAAAUGCUGACCAUCAACCCAGCUAAGAGAAUCACAGCAGAGCAGGCCCUCAAGCACCCAUGGGUCUGCCAACGGUCCACUGUGGCGUCCAUGAUGCAUCGCCAAGAGACUGUGGAGUGCUUGCGCAAGUUCAAUGCCCGCAGAAAACUCAAGGGAGCCAUUCUUACUACUAUGCUGGUUUCUAGAAACUUCUCAGUGGGCCGGCAGCAUACCAGCCCUGCUGCUCCCACCACAAGCACUGCCGCGCUUGCACAGGAAGCAUGCAAAAGUUUACUCAACAAAAAGGCAGAUGGAGUCAAGCCCCAGACAAACAACACUAAAAACAGUGUAGUGAGCGCUGUAGUGAACGCCAUGAAAGAAAGCAACACGGCCUCUUCUACACCGAUGGAGCCACAAACUACAGUUGUGCACAACCCUGCCGAUGGCCCCAAGGGCUCCACAGAGAGCUGUAACACCACUGAGGAAGAGGAUAUGAAAGGUAGGAAAGCCGAGAGUGCGCAGGGAGCGAGCAGUGACAGUGCCGUGAUGAGUCAGUGCAGUGCCGGGGAAGAGCCGCCCGCUCUGGUGGCUUCGCCACUGGGCUCUCCUGCCACCGUCCCCGUGCAUGACGUUAAACGCUUGGCAUGGAACAGUUCAGAAUAUGCCUCAUGUCCAGAGUUAGAGCGAACUCAUUCUGGCCCCUGUGCCUCAGUCCAUGGGGUCGGCGGUAUCACAGCGAGUGUGUCUGCAGCUCAGUCUCGUAAGCAGGAGAUUAUAAAGAUCACGGAGCAGUUGAUCGAAGCUGUCAACAAUGGAGACUUUGAAGCAUACACAAGAAUCUGUGACCCUGGUCUGACCUCUUUUGAGCCUGAAGCUUUGGGGAACCUGGUCGAGGGGAUGGACUUCCACAAGUUUUACUUUGAGCACUUGUUGAGUAAGAAUAACAAGCCUGUGCACACCACUAUUCUCAAUCCUCACGUUCAUCUCAUCGGAGAGGACGCUGCCUGCAUUGCUUACAUCCGGCUGACGCAGUACAUCGACAGCCAGGGCCGCCCGCGUAGCUGCCAGUCGGAGGAGACGCGUGUGUGGCACCGCCGUGAAAGCAAGUGGCUUAACGUCCACUUCCACUGCUCAGGGGCACCAGCCGCCCCCUUACAGUGAACUGCACAGGACAGUUUACCUGGAUUCUCGAGAUAAUGGGAAUGUUUCUUCUUUGUGGCUGGACGGGCAUGUGAAGGCCAGCUGGAUGACAGCUCUUAAAGUUACAGACACACCAGUGAGGAACUCUGACAACAUCCAGUUCAACUGUCAACACCACAUAUCCUGUCCAAUCUUUGACCAAUGGGAGCUGGCCGCGGCCGUGGCCCCGCCCAAGGGACGGUGCAUGUAUCUGACGCCCACAUGGGGGUGCUGUUUUGUCCUUUUCCCACGGAACCAUCUUCUUUUUUUUGCCCGUUAAAGAUGUUCAGAAGGUGUUGUAAGUACUGGUCUAUGAAUUCAUAAAUAUACUGUACAUUGUAAAAAUCACUAGCUGAACCAGAAGCUACAAUCAAGUUUGAAAAAGCAUUUAUGUAAGUAAACCAGGAUGUGAGUUGGCUGGGUGGGGGGCUGAACUUAAAAAAAAAAAAAAAAAAAAAAAAAACAAUUCACAAAAUGGACUAGCGCCCCAAAAGCUUUUAAAGUUUACAGGUUUGUCAUCACAAUCAUUCUUGUAUACUUUGCAGAUUUUUGGAAACAAAACUAUAUGAAAAAUUAAGGGAAGGUGUUGUCUAAUCCGAGAGCAGAAGUUCUUCAUAUCAAAAAAGAACCAAAGUGUAGUUUUUAGUCUUUUUAAGGAGUGUUUCUGUUCGGUGUUGGCUUUUUAUGUAAUUUGGGUCUGAGAGAAGGUUUGUGCGACCCGGGUUUUAGUAAUCUUUUGUGUUAAUGUGGAACUCUUAUUUGAUUUUCUUCUUUUUUUUUUUUUUUGUCUUGGACUGUAACAAGUAUUUUAUGUUCAGUUAGAAUUUUUAAGACUGUUUUAUUUUUUAAGUUAAUCUAAAUAAACAUGUAAAGAUAUACAGAUAUAUUUAAAGGAGGUAUGAACUCUCACCAUCCAGGUUUAGGGAAGGAUGUCGUCGUUCCUGAUCACGCUCGUGUGGGUGCGUGUGCGAUUGGAACUUGUAUAAAUUGAAUCCUCCAUUUAGAUUUAAUAUGACGAAAGCCCAAGUGAACAGCACACAGCUAAACGCUGACCAGUAGAUUUGCCCUUCCUGUUAUUAGCGCCGUAGACAAACCACUGCCUUUAUACACACAGGCAGGAUGUACUGUGAUAGACAUGAACUUCAUUCCUAUUUCCCAAACUCGUCAGGUUUGAGUUCAAAGGAGGACUAGUCAUUUUUACAAACCGCAUCAUGAUGAAAGUAGCUUUAGUAUUCGACUCGCCAUCCCUUCUUCCACCACUCGGCUGCAUUAUACACGUAGUUGUUUUAGUAAUGUUGGACUGUCUAACUCACCCUGUCCUCAGUGUUGUCAUGUCGUUGAUGGGGGUGUACGUGCUCUGUAAAUACAUGCCAUUCAGUUCAUCCCAUCACAAGGAGCGGGUGAGGAAAAAACCAGUUGCCACAGUUCCGUUGUUUAAAAUCACAGUUUUAAUGUUUGUACAAUUGAAAUUCACAGCAGUUUGUUAGAUUUCACCACAAAUUAUAUUACGCAGGCUUUAUGGCACUGACUAUUUAAACUCAGUUUUAGUGUUACUGUUACUUAACUUAGAAGUGAGGGUUUGGUUUUUUGCAAGUGAUUAAUCUGUUGAGUCUGUAGUUGCACGGAUGCUUUUCAUCACUGCUACGGUUUUGUCUUUAGAUAGAUUUUAGUAUAGUUUCGUUUGACGCAAUAUAUUCCGUGUGGGGAAAAAAACAGCAACAAGCAAAACCACGAGUUCACCCUGUCUCCUUGAAACACAUCAGUCUUUUGUAACGGUCUGUAAAUACAUGUAGUGUUGGCACACCUCAUUGUGUGCUGGGCUUUGUGACAUAUCAGGACUGUACCUCCGCACGUGUGUGUGUGUGUGUGGGCGCGCGUUUAUCACCUAAAUGACAAUGUCUUUUAAGUAAGUAAGUAGUGAUGCUGUCAGAUUGUAUGUGAUGCUGUUUUCACGUCCGCUUUGUGUCUCGCGCUUAUUUCUUGCAUUUUUUUUAUUGCUAUUUUUUGUCAUUUUUCCUUUGUUUGUGCUAUGGGGAACUGCUGCCUUGCCUGGCCAAACUAGAUGUACGCUUUUUAUUCUUUUCGUUUUUAUUUAAACCCAUCCAAGAGUUCCUUUUACGUGGUCGACAUCUUCAGCUCCAUGAAAAUGAAAGGGACUGGUAGAUUUAGCGAAAUAAAUCCCCAACCCCUGAAAGCUCAGUCAGGCAGAUGUAUGAGUCUUCUGGCCCACCCGUCCUAUGACAGGAGAAAUCAAACACGCAGUUUAAAUAAACCAGAGAAUAUGCAUGUGUACUUUUCUUGGACAAUUUUUUUGUUUUUAACUGUCUGUGUUUACUUAAUAAAAAAGGGAAAAAAAAUUCUCAUAGUAUUUGCAUCUCGACAUGAAAAUCACUCCAUUGGGAAUUAUAAGUGAUGUACCAUAUUAAAUAUGAAAAAAAAAUGUAGAAAAUAGUGAAAAAUAUAUAAAACAAAAGCCUCUGCUUGGUAUGCUCCCCUCAUUCUAAGUAAAUCUAUUGCAUUGUAAUGGUAUACUAUUGGGCUUCGUAUAUACUCGGAGUUUAAACAUGGAUGCUGGAUUUUUGCAUGAUCAUACAUUUAAUAAAACCAUGAAAUGACAACUAUCAAGUGUUUGUCUGAAUGUUAGUAGGUCUUUAUCAUAGCUUUGUUAUUAUUGAAACUUGAUCUGGAAAGUAUUUAAUAAAAAGCAUUUCUGCAGCUGAUUCUGUGCUUUUUUUGUGCAAUGUAAAAAUAAACAUACUGUAUUUG